GGUUACACUCGCGGGUGGAGAUGCCUCGGCGUGGAUGAGACGUACGUCGACCUUGAUCAUUACGUGCGCACACUUUUGGAUAUUGCAGAUGAUGUAGUUGAUUGGGCCGCGCCAGUGACAUUCUUGGCCAUUAAACGAAUGGUCCGGUUGGAGGUAGAGCAAAGGUACGGAUUAAUCCUGAGGCAGGAGGCAAAUGGUUCCUGGCACAGGAUAGGUUUUCUCGAAUCCCACUUCGAUCCCGAGAAGCCCUAUCCUCCCAUCAUCACCGCUGACUGGCCCAAGAGGGAAUUUACUAUUGUUUGACAGCAGGCGCAAUGAGUGGGCGGGACAGUGAUAUCAUUUCAUAUCUCAGUUUUGGCAAUUACGUGAUUUUUGUCCAGAAUUUACCUGAUCAUUAAGUUAGUACUUACUUACUUGGUACUCAUCCUCUAUGUCACUACAAUCCAAUAGCAUACAUAGAUUGCUCAAAACAGCACAAGUC